AGUUAAACUGUCGAGCCUGUUGUUGAGCGCACCAUCCAACCGGGCUGUGUCGCUAAGGGAAGAUAGGCUACUUGUGGAGAAGCAACAGAUCCCCAGCUGGAAAACAACCCCACAUCUGGCACGCGAGCUGAGCGUUUUUCAACCGGAGGAAUAUCUCCGCGCGUCAUUAAAUGCGCAUCUGGAUCCUUCUCAGGCUUCCUCGUCUGGUGUGGAGAGAAGAGAAAAGUUGUCGGGAACAGUUUUGGGGGGGUUUUUUUGCGUUGCAGAAUUUAGAUAAGAUCUGUGGGAAAAGGUGGUGAGGAGUGACACAUUACUUCAGGCGAAGUGGUUCAUCCUAUAGGUCCGUACUACUACUGCGUAAUUAAUCUUUUAUUGGCAACAGCCUUGGUUUAAUGAGCGGGAAGUGAGUGCAACAUCUGUAAGCAUCAGUGUGUGUCAGUUUGUGCAACCUAUUCGACGAAAACAUUCAAACAACACUCACGGUGAGCCUGACCGACGGAAGCAGACUGAGUUUUCUAACAGGUGGUUUUUAUUGAGCGUCCCACUUUGGCGCUGUCUGGACCAUCAGGCUCUCAUUUGUCUAUUUAUUUAUUUUUGGGGGUGGGGGGGAUAGAUGAGACCCACAGAUAAUUAUAAGGACUGGGGUCUGAAAUGAGGGCGCACUUUGCGUUAAUUUUCUGAUUGUUUUUUUUUUUUGGACACCAGUUUCGAGCAGCCAGAAGGUCCCUGCUUCUCAAUGAUAAGCUCGGUGUGUGUUUCGUCGUACCGAGGGCGGAAGUCGGGCAACAAACCUCCGUCUAAAUCAUGUCUGAAGGAGGAGAUGUCCAGAGGGGAAGACUCGGACAAAAUUAUCAUCAACGUGGGCGGCACUCGACAUGAAACCUACAAGAGCACCCUGAGGACCCUGCCGGGGACCCGCCUGGCAUGGCUGGCAGACCCGGACACGCAGGUCAGCUCUGACGCUGCGCCCCCGAGUGCCACCGAGUUCUUCUUCGACAGACACCCGGGCAUCUUCGCCUACGUGCUGAACUAUUACCGAACCGGCAAGCUGCACUGCCCGGCCGACGUCUGCGGGCCGCUCUUCGAGGAGGAGCUGGCGUUUUGGGGGAUUGACGAGACCGACGUGGAGCCAUGCUGCUGGAUGACCUACCGGCAGCACCGGGACGCGGAGGAAGCCCUGGAUAUAUUUGAACCGCCGGACCCGGACGACACCGAUGAUGACAGAGAGAUACCGAGGCGGUUCGGCAUCGAGGACUGCCCGGACAGGUCGAGGGGAUGCUGCGAGGUUUGGCAGCCGAAGGUCUGGGCCUUGUUUGACGACCCCUACUCGUCCAGAGCCGCCAGGGGAGUGGCGUUAGCCUCUCUGUUUUUCAUCCUGGUGUCGAUCACCACCUUCUGCCUGGAGACCCAUGUAGCCUUCAAUGAACUGCAGAAUCGGACGGAGCAGGUUGUCGACGGCAACAUCACACGCACAGUGGAGAGGAGGGAGAUGGUGACAAAGCCCAUCCUCAUCAUGGUGGAGGGCAUCUGUGUGGUCUGGUUCACAUUUGAAUUCCUGGUGCGUAUCGUCUGCUGCCCAAACAAGCUGCUCUUCAUCAAGAACACGCUAAACAUCAUUGACUUUGUGGCCAUUCUGCCGUUCUAUUUGGAGAUGGGCCUGAGUGGUCUGUCAUCCAAAGCUGCCAGCGAUGUGCUGGGCUUUCUCCGAGUGGUGCGUUUUGUCCGGAUCCUCCGGAUCUUCAAGCUGACACGGCACUUUGUUGGCCUGCGCGUGCUGGGUCACACGCUGAGGGCCAGUGUCAAUGAAUUCCUCCUUCUCAUCAUCUUCUUGGCACUGGGUGUACUCAUCUUCGCCACCAUGAUAUACUACGCUGAGCGCAUUGGAGCCAAGCCCGACGACCCCACAGGCUCCAACCACACACACUUCAAGAACAUCCCCAUCAGCUUCUGGUGGGCGGUGGUCACCAUGACAACGCUGGGCUACGGAGACAUGUACCCACAGACGUGGCUGGGCAUGAUGGUGGGGGCGCUGUGUGCGCUGGCCGGGGUGUUGACCAUCGCCAUGCCGGUCCCCGUCAUUGUGAAUAACUUUGGUAUGUACUACUCGCUGGCUAUGGCCAAACAGAAGCUGCCGAAAAAGAAGAAGAAGCACAACCCGAACCCAGAUGCUCCAACUGACUCGGCCUCAUUUGUAAAGUCAGAAACAAACUCGCACAGAGACAGCACUCAGAGUGACACGUGUCCGCUGGCUGCUGAGGAGAGUGUCAGCAGGAACCGCUCAGACUCCAAACAGAACGGAGAUGCAAAUGUGGCCCUUUCAGAGGAGGAAGGCUGCAGCCUGACCCAGCCACUGUCCCCCAGUGAAAAGUGGUCCCUGCGGUGCUCCAGAGGGCGAGAUAAAACUAAAAAAGAGGCCACCUGCUUCCUUCUAACCUCUGGAGACCCCAGCAUCCAUACUGAGAGCUGUAAAGACAUCCUUGCUGCCACUGGAAACUACGCUCAGCCGGAGGUCACCACCCUGACCUGAUGCUGAUUGGCUAUGAAAAGGAGAAAGAGCAUGAAGUCGCAGUGGAGUACAUGCUGGUUCCCGCUUUAUUUUCCUUCCUGAAUGAACUGCAGACCAGAUUCUUUUUAUUCAAGACAAGACUUUUUUUUUGGUCUCAUACAUCUAAAACCCCUGUGGUACAGUUCAGUUGCAUAGCAGAUUUACCAUAUUUACACUCAUGUUACAAAACAUUUUGCAUGUAUUGCAUGAUCUAGCAUUGUAGGAUGUACUUAAAAGCUGGCUACCAUUUAUAUGCUUAUCAUUUAGUGAACAUUUCAUAGCUUGUCCUAAAGGCCCGUAUUUUCUCAGUUAGCUUCUUGUUUUGACCGAUGGGGUCCGCCAUGAACACAUAAUCUACUGCCCAUGUUGGAGCAGUUCUAAUUAUUUCACAUGUUUUUCUUUUCUCUUUGCUCUUCUCUCUGGUUUUUCGUUGGAAAAAGGUGAUGUCAUGUGUUUCUGUGCUCCGAUCAGGAUUUAGUUGGUUGGGUUGUUACUGUCAGUCAGAUCUGAUCAAACCACACCCACACAGUCCUGAUUAGAUUGAGUUCUCAAUAAGUCCCAAUAAAUAAUAAUUACCUUAUUAGUUAUUGGUCAGCUUUGACUGUUGCUUUUUUACUUAUGAAUAUUUAAUGUUAUAGAGAUUAUAGAAGAUUUAAGAUUAGUUUUCAGGUUUAAUCUGAAGUGAGUGUUUUAACCAUCUUUGCCAAUGAGAUGUUGCAUUUCACUCUGAUUUUCUUUUGGAGUAAUAUGUACAGAAACAGUUUGAGCUCUUUUUGGAACAAAAAAAAACAAAAAAAACAAAUCUUAUUGACAUUGUGAUUAAUGUCUUAUAUUCAUAACUGUUGUUAACUGUUGAGUAAGAACACCCAAACACUUGUGAAUAUGGGUUUGUACAGCAAAGCUGUUGAACUGUGAACUAGGAUUAGAUGAAAACUUGAAAUCAUUGUUCAAUCCUCAUCAAAAACAGACCCAGAGUUCUUUGACGAUCAUCCGGUCUCUGCCUUCUGUCGUGCCACUGCUUUUUAACACUGACCACAGGGACAACAUGCAGAUAUUUUGUUGAGACACAAGCGUGGUAUGAAUGCUGCUCAGGCAACACAUUGUUUGUAAAUCCUUGUACAAUAAGAGAGUUUGACAAAAGAAAAAUAAAUCAAUGGAGCAGUAUUCUAUAUUACAUUAGCCGUAUACAGUUGAUGCAUCACUACUGGUUGAGUCCGGACCAAAUGUAGACUCCUAUGUUACAUGGUAGAUUUUCAGUACCAUAGUAUGUAAAAAUACAUACAGUACAUUGCCAUCAGUUCCACUUGUGCCUCAUGUUGAGUAAUGGAGCUUAAACGUGUGCAGUAAUGUCUGUAUAUUUGUUCUUUAACACUUCUGGUUGUGUCAGAUCUGUAGAAACCCUGUUACAUGUUUCCACGGAGAAAGGAAGGAGGAGUGUGGUUUCUUUCACUUGUGACUUAUAAUAUAUUCCUCAUGGUCUACCAUAGUGGCCUUAUGUUUAAUAAACAAAGGGAAAGUUCAUUUCAUCUUCAUUAGACUCCAGCUAUGCUGACCCAGAGGUCUGUAAUUAUGUAUAAGCACAGUUUUACGUAUGUAGCACAGUAAAAUAUUCUGGAUCAUUCCUUAAACUAUUUUCUCCUCUGUAUAUGACAUCAUGUUAACUAAUAAUGAAAGAUUAUUAUUUUGAUAAUUCACCUUUUUAGCCUCAUUUCCUGUUUUUCCUGUUGUAUAUACUGGAAUGUGACAGAGAAGCACACAGCACAUCAGUUUCAUAUCUCCCCACUAUGGAUUGUAUAGGUGACGGUGAUUGAUUUAAACCCAGUCCAACUGUCAGAUGUUAUGUGUGCAUGUGUGCGUGUGUGUGAGUGUGUGUGUGUGUGUGCAAUGUUGUAUCAUGUAGGCAUGUGUUUCUAUGCAGAAAUAGAAAUAAAAUACAACCAUCCCCCCCCCGUUGUUGAAGAAAAUCUUGUUGUUUAUGUACACAUUGUAUUUUCAUUCACAGCUGCCUUACCAAACCUAAAUUUUUUCCAUUAACUGCGCAGUUUGCAGCUGUAUAGUGCUGCUGCUGUGUCACCUACUGUACGGCUAUUUAUAGUGGUGACACAAGUGGAGUCUGGUGGUUGAUCUUGUGCUUGCUCAAAGUGGUGUAACGGCAGUCACAGCCGUGCCUCCUGCUCUCCUGUGCCUCCAUGAUUAUGUACCGAAGGUGUAGAUGGCAUACAGAACACAUCUCCAUGGAGAUUUGGGAUGACAGGCAACACUAAUUACUGCUCUGCAGCCUCCAUCUCCCCCUCCCUCAGUCUUUCACACGCAAAGAAACACCACUCUCUCUCUCUAUCCUCACAGACACACACACCUCAUCUCAGCGUGAUCGUCGUUACUGUUGUUGCCCAUGAGGAACGUUUUGAUGUUUAGGGAUGUAUUGUGGAGAGCACUGUGGUGAUGAAGGGGGAGGAGGGGAGGGGUCACGGUGUCAUGGAUGCGUCUAAACCAUCAAGGCUGCAUGAAUAUGAAAGCAGACACCAUGUGUUCAUACAAAAGCAGACAGUCUUUUACCAAAGCUAAAAGUGGACUGAUUGGUCAGAUAGGAGCAGGAUGACAACAUGACAACAAGAUGCUUUUAUUCUGUCUCUCAGAGACAGCGUUUGGCUGCAGUGAUAUCAGGAAGGAUGUAAACAUGUACAGAGAAAUAUUGAGCUCAUCUCCACAAAUAUUGGGAGUGCAUGCAUCACAUCUAUUCGUGUGACCUGGAUCUGAUUGAAAUCAUGGUUAUAAUGUGAUACAAUGAACAUUUGUGUGACAAAUGGAUUUUGGUUUAGAGCUUUUUCAUAAGCAUUAAAUUAAAGGGACACUUCACAAAAUGUUCUCAUUUGCCUCUGAAGGUGGCUGGUCUUGAGACAGUUUUAGAUGCGUUUCUCCAGGUUUGAAAUAUACAUAUUUCAGAUUAAUUCAUAAUUAAGGUGAAUGGAGUUUACACAGUAUUAAAAAAUUAUCAUUUGAAAAAACAAUAUAUACAGAUCCCCAUUACUAAAAGUCAAAACAGAUGUAAUACGUAGUUUUUAGUGGAAAUUGUUCACAGUUUUUAAAUGUUGUUCGUAACAGUGUUAAUUUAUGUUCUGUUGCUUUAUGUUGCUCUGUGUGUACUGUAUACUGACGUUGCUUUUUGUUGUAAUUUUUGGAAUUUUAUUAUGUUAUUUUUGUAUUUCCUGUCACUUCAUUGGUUUUUAGAACAAAUUGUCAAAGGGCUGCAGUGAAUAACACUGGCACAUUUACAGAAAUGUUGAUUAUUGUGCAAAUAAAUAAAUAAAAUUAAAAGUCCCUUGUCAAUGCUGUGUCCGCCACAGACAUCUCCAUUGUAUUUGGGUGGAGGAAAUCUAGGCGAUGGAUAUUUUAAAACAAUAAAACCAAAAAUAUCUUAAUGUAUAGAUACCACUUUUUUUUUUUUCCUUUGUAUUUUGGAUAAACUGAAGCUUUAAUACACUGGAAAUUUGAUUAUGCAGCUCGCAGCAUUUUUCUUUGCUAAAUUAAUUAAAUGCUUAUGCUUUUAUUUUGAUGUUUGCAUCAAGUCUACAUUAAAGUUCCAGUGUCUAGAAUUUGUAUCUUCUGGUGAAGUUGCAAAUUGCAACCAACUAAAUACCCCUCGCCUCACCCCCCUCUGCGUAGGAGACCAUGAAAUCCACAAUAAAUGCAAAAGACCCCAUCUAGAUCCAGUGUUUAGGUUUGUCUGUUCUGGGCUACUGUAGAAACAUGGUGGUUUAACAUGGCAGCCUCAGCAGAAGAGGAUGCCCACUUUAUGUAGAUAUCAAGGGUCUUAUUUUCAGGCAAUUAUAUACUAAUGAAAACAUUCCUGUGAACAUAUUCCUAUCUCCUUUCUCCUAAAUGUUACACACUGGACCUUUAAUGUCUCACAUGCUAUCAUUAGACAAACAAUCCAAAACGACCCUGUUUUCAGUUUUCUGUGGUUCAGGUGUAUCCAUAAGAAAGUUGCUGCGUUUAAGUUUUCCGUGAUUGAUGAGUGAAUGAUGUAGUGUAGCACAGCAUGUAGACAAACUGCCUUUUAAUGUUGGUCACUUUUGCUUCAUAGCUAUUUGAAUGUCAUGGUCAUACAUCACAGGUAUCAUCAUAAUCAAUUGGUUUUAACAACUGAGGCCGCCUCACUACUGCAGCAAGCACAUUGUAGAUAACGUACAACACAAAUUAUCUCUCUAACCCCAGAGGGAAAUACCACCUUAACAGUCCUCUUUAAACUUGUGUACGUCUCUGUGCUCAGAGGUGAUAAUUGCCCAGCUGGAUCCUUUGAUUUGGUUGAAUGCCAUAUUUUGAUGAUUCUAUCAACACAGAGCAGUCCUCAUGCUAGUAGCAGAUAGUUUUCCACACCUGAAUAACUCCAUUAGUGAACCAGCGUCUCCCACUCAGGGGGGCCCGGAAGAAAAAUGAUUGACAGAUUAGCGAGGCUGUGAUUCAUGAAACGAGAUGAGCUCGGGCAGAGGAGAAAGAGUCAGAGCUGGAAGUUGAGAGAGAAUCUGUCAGGGCUUGUCCUGUCAUCCUUGAUUACUCCCUUUCAUUGUUUCCCCUCUUUCCUUGUUUUAUUUUUUUCUCCUCUGUUGAAGGUUGUCAUGACAAUAUUGAACACAGUUUCCAUGGAGAAAGGCUGAGCCCGAGCCAUUUCACCAUUUCAUUCACUGGUGCGACACUGUGGAAAAAAGGGACCAUCUUGACUUCUUAUCUUGCCUGGUGGAAUAACAAACUUUCACUUAUUUAUGGCUUUAUGAGGAUGUAAUUUAGAGGGUGGCAACAUGUAUUUUCCACUAUAAGUGGAUAUAAGUGAGCUCCCAUGUAGCCUAAUAAAUAAAUAAUGUAUCAUUAUUGCAUUGUUGUGGCCUGCAAAUUAUUUGAGCAAUCAAUAUUUUGAACUCACUUUGUGCAAGUCAUUCCUUUUAAAAUAAAAGUCCAUUAUUCUGUUUGCAACACGUUUUUCUAUUUUGAAUCAGACGAUUUUUUCAAACAGAGAUAAAACGCAGGCUUCUAGCUCCUCUUCAAUUUAAAGUACCAGUGUGUAGGAUUUAGUUGCAUCUAGCGGUGCAGUUGCAGAUUACAACCCUCUCGCCUCACCCUCCCGUUCCAAGCGUGUAGGAGAAACUACGGUGGCUGUGAAACCAUUCUGGGCUCAUUCUAUGGUAUCAAAAACACAACAAUUCUUAUUUUCAGGUGAUUAUACUUACCUAUGAAUAUCAUAUUCCAUUUCUGUCAAUAGAUCCUCCUAAAUGUUACACACUAAACCUCUGAGAUUUCAAGUAGAAAGUUAUUGUUUGACUGCUUUUGAGAAGCAAAUUAAGUUCAUCAGAAAGAUAUAAAAUCAUCUCAUGAAGCAGUAUCAAGCAGCAUUACAAAUCACAAUCCAGGCACAAUGAAGCCACAUCGUCUUACAGUAUUGACAAGCGUUUGUAAGUCCAGUUCUACCAGCUUCUUAGGAGCAGAUGAGAGGAGGGAGAAAGAGAAGAAGCACAAAGUGGUUGCUAUACAGAUUGUAUACAGUCUUGGGAUUCUCCAUUUUCUGAGUUCAAAGGUCAUCCCGACAUGGAGAGCUAACCUCUAUUAGCCUUCAGAUCUUGAGUGGAUUGGGAGCCACAGAAGCGCUUCACUGCUGUCAUUACCGGGAGAAGAAGAUCUUGUGUCAUUUUGCUUCUGGACUGAGCUCACAGCUCUUCAUUAAGGAUGUUGAUUGUCAUGUUUUUCCCAGAUUGAGUUGUCAUGUAAUAUUCUGGUGUUUAUUCCAAAUUGAGUAAUUGUACAGAGAAGAAUAUAAAUAUUUGACAACCCUGAUUAUAACAUGUGAAAGUAGAACAUGAAAUACUUCCAUUAAAGCACAAUGUAAAUGCCA